AUGUCAUUCCCUGCACCCGAAUCUCUCACCCCUGCCAAGUUUCAGGGUAUACUUGAAUACUUGCGGAUAUUGCUACAAAAUCUGCCAACUGCCUUGCCUGUUGGUUCUGCUUUCACAUCAAAAUACCUUGCAUUCUUGACAUUCAUGAUUGACACUGAGCUGCUAGAUCGUACUGGAAGCGAAAUAGGGGCCUUAAAUGAACAAUUCAAACAGAUUUUCGGAUGGCAAACCCGAACAACAGGAUCUGGAAUUGUGGCAAUUGAGGAGCGAGGAGAGCCUAUUUGCACAGUGGUUGAUGUACUUGAAGACUUUCAUGUCAGAUACCCUACAGAUAAUGUUAUCAAGAAGUGGGCAGUUGACAUUGGUAUUGAAGUACAAGAAGUCUACAGUCAACACAACAUCGAGCUCCCACCACAGGGCACAGCUACAAAGCAACAAAAGCAGACAUUGUUAGACUCUGUGUUGAGUACAUCCAACACUGCAGUCAACAAUCCCCAGACUGUUUUUGAAUCAUCCACGAGUUCGAGGGGCUGUCCUGUCCAUGCCCUAAUGCAAAAGCUCAUCAUCAAGACUACCAUCAUGUCCAAAGACAGCAAACCAAAGGUUUCCUGGAAGUGCAUUUUAUGUGACCAUUCGCAAAAAGGGUCGCCACAGGAGAGUUGUGUUCUGAAGCACUCCGCAACCUGCAAGAAGCUUCCUGUACAUCUUCAGAACGAAGCUAUCACUGCUUUGAAGGACACAUCACUUGGGGCACAACUCAUUGAACUCGAUGAUCAGUGCAACAUGGCACCAUCAGUUGAGAUACAGCCACAUAUGGAUGAGCCACCAGCAAAAAACGGCCUAAAAACCAGGUGGCUCUGA